AUAAAACCCCAAUACAAACCUAUUUUCUUUUCCACCACAAAAUCGCCGUUUUCAACACAUCAAAAAUCAAAACCCUAAAAAUUUCCCGUCAAAUUCUUCGAAUCUUCAAUGGCUUCCAAGCGAUCUGACUAUGGCGAUGGUGCCAGUCCUGGCAAGAUUUUCAUUGGGGGUUUAGCGAAAGAUACAACCAUUGAUACAUUUGUGAAGUACUUUGGAAAGUAUGGAGAGAUAACUGAUUCAGUUAUAAUGAAAGAUCGGGCGACUGGUAGACCAAGGGGUUUUGGGUUUAUAACAUAUGCAGAUCCUUCUGUUGUUGACACUGUUAUUGUCGAAACGCAUGUUAUUAAUGGCAAACAGGUUGAAAUUAAGAGGACUAUUCCCAAAGGCUCUGGUGAGUCCAAAGAUUUUAAAACUAAAAAGAUAUUUGUUGGUGGUAUACCGACUAUAGUCACCGAAGAUGAGUUCAAAGAGUUCUUCUCGAAGUUUGGAAAGGUAGUUGAGCAUGAGAUUAUCCGAGAUCAUGUGACCAAACGCUCUCGAGGGUUUGGAUUUAUUGUUUUUGAAAGCGAUCAAACUGUUGAUGAAAUUCUUGUCAAUGGAAAUAUGAUUGAUAUGAAUGGUACACAGGUUGAGAUCAAGAAGGCUGAACCAAAGAAAUCCUCAAACCAAGGAUCUCAUUCAUACAAUAGGGAACCUAAGCGUGGAUAUGUUGAAAUUAAUGGUGGAUUUGAUGAUUCCUAUAACAGUUAUGGUCCUCGUCCCGGUAAUUACGGACCUCCCCCUCCUCCUUAUAGGUCAUAUGCUGGAGGAUUCCCAAGUAGGUUUGCAGAUUACGGGCCAUACGGGCCUGGUGCCAGUGAAUAUAAUAACCGCUAUGCUGACUAUGCAAAUGAUUAUAGUGGUUAUAGGAGCGGUGAGCCAUCUCUUGGUGGCUACUCUAGUCGGUUUAGUUCCUACAAUAGUGGAGGGUAUGGUACAGGAUACACAGGGAGUGCUCUAGGUGAGUUUGGUCGUGGUAGUGGUGCUAGUAGCUAUGCAAGUUAUGCUGGGCCAGGUGGCGGUGCAGGUUAUGAGCCAGGUGCAGGUUCUGGUUAUGGUGCACCUGGAGGGCCUUAUGGAAAUAGGGCAGGUUAUAGUGGCGGUAGUCGUUACCACCCUUAUAGCAGGUAGACAACUUUGGUUCAGAAUCAGAUAGACAUUAAAAAUCCCUUACAAGACACUAGAAGAUCAGCAAGAACUUUAGAGUAUCAGAGUUGGCUUUUGCAUUAGCUAGAUAGCAAGCCUAUGCUGUUUUCUAGCGAAGACAAUAGAGUCUAUUUAAACCUUGAUAUUUGUGUACUUUUCGUAAGGGGUUCUCGUUCUUAGAUGUAUGUUUGAUUUGCAGAUCUUAAGAAUAUGAUUGUUGCUAUUA